GUGUUUCAGAACUCAGACAGCCGCCAUGCUAUCUGCACUACUCACCCUGUUCAUCCUCAGACACUGAUUCCUUAUUGGCCCACUUUAACAGCCUACUCUCCCCACCCUCACGUAAAAGACCAUGACUACUUGACCACGUGGUGUGACCCUAGACCGGAAAUGAGAGAUAUUGGUGUUAUGACGUAUCAAGAGAUCAAGAAAGAACCAAUCUCCCCGGACAGCCAUCAUGGACACUGUUGUCAGAACUACGAUCAGGACGCUGUCGUUGGUCUAACUGAUUAUCACUACAUUAACAACGUUAAAGAGGAAAAGACCAUACCUUGUGAUGAAGAAAUCCCAAAUGAUCAGGAAAUCAUAGAUCUGGUUGACAGUAUGUCACAAGACAGUGACACAUCUUCUAACGCUAGCGGCUCAUCAUAUGACGAGUAUGAUGGUGAAGUAAACAAUGAAGAACAACAUCUUAAUAGGUCACCACUUUCUAACGAUCCAAGAUCAAAAUCUCUUACUAUUCUAAAGCCCAGCAUACAUACUGAAGAUUACCUGUUCAUGUAUGAUUACCAGAGCACCGCUCAGGCUCCUCCUCCUCUGACACCAGAGAGUGCUAGUGAGAUUCUUAAGGGUAUCACGAACAACGAAUCGUCAUAAAGCGGGUCGACCACUAUCGUCCGGAACGAAACUUGUGAUUGAUCGAAUGCAAAGAAUUGUAGGAUUAUAUCAGACAAUGUCUGAUUGUUAAUUGUCAAUUGUCAAUUUUUUUAAGGAAAUAUUCAUUUUUUGUAUUGCAUGUCUCUCUUUGUUGUUUCAUCAAUCACAAUUUUUAUUCUAACAGUAGUGUACAGCUCCGUAAAGCCCCACAAACACAGAACAGUUGUUAUUGGGACUGUAGAUUAUAGUAUAUAGUACAUCCUAUAUUUCAUACCUAACGGGUUUUUUAAUCAACGAAACAUUCAACUGUAAAUGCACCAGUGAUUUAUCCUUCCCCUAAUGACAUCAUGUUUGUGUGUCGAGAGGUGCAUGUCGGGAUUAUUGAAAGUAUCAAGAUGGAAGAUGCGAAGAGCAUUACCUGCCAUCGAAGUGCCUAAGAUAACCGAUACCAAUCCUGAAUACUCAGAUGUCUGUACAUACACUAUUUAGUAUGCCAAAAGAAMAGUCACACCAAUACGCAAGUUUAAGUAUUGUUUCGCACGACAGGCCCACAUACAAAAAAAUACUUUCUUCAAUCCCAUAAUGCACCUCGCCAAACAUUGCAUAGCGUCGCAAAGAGCAUUACGAUUUCCUGUAGUCAAAUAAGGUCUGCUUGGUUUAGCUUUUUGACUUAUCUUGAUUAAUGUUGGCUGUAAAUUAACGCAUGUUGAUUAUAUUCAAAUGGUGAUGUUAGCACCGUUAGACACAGUGCAAAAUCUUCUAUGUAAUUAUCAGACGCAUAGAUUAAACGUGAAAGAAUGAUUUCAUUGGUUUGUAAAAGAUUUAGUAGAGCGUAUAUACUAAAAAAAUAUUGGACCUUUAUUCAGAAUUGAAUGUAUAAAUUAAUCCAUCCUCUCUGAAAUUUACCUUCCGUCUCGUCUCAGGGGGGGAUAUUUUUGUAGAAAGUGAAACUUAGACUUGAUCAGUUUUCAGGGCUGAAGCCCGUGUAAUAUACACAUAAAUAUAGAAAGAGUGUUUUUUUUUUAUAUAAUAUGAGCAAACAUCUAUAUAUAAUCAACUUCCACCUCAACCCUCAGACACCUAUAUUUUACCGACUUUUCGUUGAGUCACUGGACACUGUCGCUAAUCUCGAGGUAUCCCUAUAUGUAGUGAGAGUUGACUGUAUAAGUGUACCUCACUUGUUAGAGAUAUUUAGUUAUCUACAUGUACAAUCUAUUGCAAAAUAACGUGUAACACCCUCCAUGGGUGUGUUACUACAACCUCCCCUCCCUGUGUGCAAUGUUGGUUUUCGCUUAGUUGAAGAAGGAAUCGCUUAAAAAUCGUCCUGGAUGAACGGUCCAACAAUUUACCGGGAAAAGGGGCGGGGGGCGAGGUGUUCCGUUUAUUUUGCAUAAGAUUGUAGGAUUCAGUACGAAGAAGUAUAUACAACAAAUGUACAAUGUUUUAAUAAACUUUGUAUGUUGGAUGAAUAAAAUAAACAAAUCGUUCAAAUCAGGCUUCA